AUGGAGAGCUCUAAGCAAGUGCGUAAAUAUCGAGCAACCAGGAAGGAGAUAAACACUUCGCUAGAUACGAUGCUGGUUCUGUUCGAGACUGCCGCAGGUCACGCGCUGUUCAAGGUGCAGGACGAGGCCAAGCUGGCCAACGCCGAUGACGUCUUCAAACACUUUUCGACGCCUGAGAAGGCCGCUAAGGUGCUGAAGCUCAAGGGUUUCAAUGCGUUCAAGGACACGACAGAAGCUGUGGCCGCUGCCACCGACAUGGUGGACGGCAAGAUGGGCAAGACGCUCAAGAAGUUCCUCAAGAAGAACGUGGUGGACGUUGGUCUUAAGGACAAGCUGGCUGUGUCGGACAAGGCUCUGGGCUCGCUCAUCAAGGAAAAGCUCAGCAUCGCCUGUGUUAACGACAGCGCCGUUAACGAGGUGAUGCGUGGCAUCCGUGCCAACAUGGACACGCUCAUCACGGGUCUGGAGGACGACGACCUGAAGGCUAUGACGCUGGGUCUGUCGCACUCGCUGUCUCGUUACAAACUCAAGUUCAGCGCUGACAAGGUGGAUACUAUGAUUGUGCAGGCCAUUGGUCUCUUGGACGAGCUGGACAAGGAGAUCAACACGUACUCGAUGCGUGUGCGCGAGUGGUUUGGAUGGCACUUCCCAGAGAUGGGCAAGAUCGUCACGGACAACCUGCAGUACGCCAAGUGUGUGCUCAAGAUGGGCAUGCGCACGCAGGUGAAGAGUCUGGACUUCUCGGACAUCCUGUCGGAGGACGUUGAGGCCUCAAUGCGCGAGGUCUGCGAGGUGUCCAUGGGUACGGACAUCUCCGAGGAAGACGUGACCAACAUCUCGGCUCUGUGUGAGCAGGUUAUCUCCCUCACGGAGUACCGUGCUCAGCUUUUCGACUACCUGAAGAACCGUAUGAACGCUAUCGCCCCCAACCUCACCGUGAUGGUUGGUGAACUGGUCGGUGCUCGUCUCAUUGCCCAUGCUGGCUCGCUGAUGAACCUGGCCAAGCACCCGGCGUCCACCGUGCAGAUUCUUGGAGCUGAGAAGGCGCUGUUCCGUGCCCUCAAGACCAAGCACGAUACCCCCAAGUACGGUCUGAUCUACCACGCUUCGCUUAUUGGCCAGACUGCCCCCAAGCACAAGGGUAAGAUCUCUCGCGUGCUGGCUGCUAAGACGGCGCUAGCUGUGCGUGUGGACGCUCUGGGCGACUCCACGGAGGCCACGAUCGGUUUUGAUAAUCGCGCUAAGGUGGAGGCUCGUGUGCGUCAGCUGGAGAAUGGAUUUUCGGGUGUGCCCAACAGCAACGGCAAGACGAAGAAUGAGUCCAAGAAGUACGUCAAGACGGAGACGAGCAAGUCGUACAACGCGGACGCUGACAUGACUGUGUCGAGUAAGAAACGUAAGGCGGAGGCGGCUGACGACGAGGAUGAAGAGCCGAAGGUCAAGAAAGAAAAGAAAGACAAGAAGCACAAGAAGAAAAAAUCCGCUGACGACGACGCGGAGGUGAAGGAGGACAAAAAGGACAAAAAGAAGAAGCACAAGAAGAAAAAAAGCGCGGAAUAGAUGACUUGCAGGCAUGCGACGGACAUCCUGGCUGUAAGGUAACUAGACACACUGCAGCUGGGUCGGCUGGUCGCUUGCUUUGCCUCCCUUUGCUUUUUA